AUGUCCACGACCUUGAUCACCCUCACCAAACAACUCUACAACUCACUCACAAACCUCGCCGCCACCGACGGCUCGCCAGCCUUCAUCUCCCGCACCCCCAGCUCGUGGUACCAAGUUUAUGACGAUUCGAGUAAUUGUUUCGACGUAUUGUUGUCUGGGUCUGGGUCUGGGUCGGGGUAUUGGAUUGAGAGGAUGGAAGGGCCGGAGGCAGAGAAUGUGGUACGUCGGCUCCGUCCCUCUGCUAGGCUCCCUUCACUCCUUCGCCCCUUCGGGGCAGGUGGAAGUGGGAAGUGA